GACGUUUGAGGAGAAUACUUGCAUUUGGGGGUUUACACUGGUGAACGAUUGCGCCGUGUGCGACAGCCACCCGCCGUCUGGAGUGGCGUAGAUAGAUGUAUCGUCUCUAGUGUGAACGAAGAGUAGGUGUCGCUGCCGCCGUCGAGUCGCAUGACUUAUUGCAAGGGAGAGUUUGGGGUGAGGGACAAUUCUUUUGAAUUAGUUUAGAGAUUUAAUUUUUAAAUUAAUUGAUUUGGGACAUAAAUAAAAUAAUUAAUAUUGAAAUUAGGAGUAAAUAAGGGGCAAUUGGGUCAUUUUACAGCUCAUUUAACGACACCUUAACAGAUAAUUGGAUGGAAAGGUGAAUUCAUUAUAUUUUAAUAUUUGAAGGGUAUGUUUGCGCAAAAAUUUAGUUGAGAAGUAUGUUUGCUAAUUUAUCAUAGUAGAGGGUACAAAAUAAGGUUAAUAGGAAAAGUUGCCCUCUACUAUUAGAUUUUCUCAUGCCCUCUAUUAUGUUUUGCGUCAAAACUACCCCUUUAUUUUGAUGGUGUUCUCAAAUAUGUCAUUCUGUUAUGUUUUCCGCCGAAUUUUCAUUAGCAAUAGCGGUGUAGACACCACAUUUUUUUCGGCAAACACUGUACUUAAAUUCAAAAAGAAAAAUAGUAUAAUGAUAAAUUAAAUAGGAUGCUUGGGAAGAAUUAUUUGAGAUUGCAGUAGCAAGUCAAUAAGUACCAAUGAUUUCCAAGCUUGCUUUUAUCUAAUUCUAGUGAGACUAGCAGUGGCGAGUCGAUAAGCAUCAAUAAUUACCAAGUGCAUUUGAUUCUAUGAUAAAUUAGUUAAGGCUCAUUGGAUUCUAUGAUAAAUUAGUUAAGAUAGCAAUGACAAACUAUCCAACACGGGAUAUAAGAAACAAUAAUUAUGACGUUAGAUUUGCUCAUUGCUAGAAUCGGGUUGGUUAACACCGAGGGAUCAAUUUGAAUAGUGUGUAAGCUUUAUUAAAAAAAAUUGUUUCAUUCACGGUACAUAUAGCUAAUAAUGAAAGAAAAAUAUUAACUAAUAUUAAAUGGGCUCUUACACAUAAAUGCUAACAUAUACUAAAAUAAAACACAUACAAAUGACUCCAAUUAAAUGAAACCCAAUCUGGAUUACAACCCAUAACCUUCCAGCCACAACAACCUGCAAAAAGAAGAGAUUAGUUAGUCCAAGCCCAUGCCAAAGUCAAGGGCAAGUCAGGCCAGAAGUCUGUCCACAGAUUCGGCCCAUCUUUGGUUAACUUGAGUUAAUCAAAGUGAACUAUGGUCAGCUUGAGUCAACCAAAGUCAACUAUGAGUCAACUAGUCUCUACUGUCAAUAUCACAUUUUAAAGGGCAGCUCGAAAAAGAAGAGGACAACCACCUCCUCCAAAAACCAACAGAAUUUAGCCAUCACAAGGAGUGGAUCAGUCCACCACUUCAGGAACAAAUAAAAAGUAGCCAGCCACAACAAAGGAGGGGGAGUUCGUCCAUCUUGGGGAAAGAGAAAAGAGAGGGAUAAGGAGGUCGGUUACAAUCAAAAGAAAGGGAGAGACCUGAUUGGGGGAGUGAUUUUUAAGUCUGGUUCCGAUGAGAGAAAGGGCAUAAUAGAGCAAUAGCAAAAGAGGCUCAAGAACAAGACAAGCAGCAAAGAGACAACAAGCAACAAACAGAAAAUCCACCAAAAGAAUCACUCUUCACAGUUCGAGGUUGGUAUUUCUCAAAUCUAAACACAUCACAUAUUUCAUCAUUUAUGAGGAUAAUAUUAAUGAACAUAGCUGAAAUCAUAAACGAAUUAUCAUGGUAGACCUGAAAUCAAUGUCUUCAUCACAUAUAUAUGAUUGUGUCAUAGAUCUACAUGCUAUGCUAUGGUUGUUUGUUGGUCUAAUCUUGCUUCCACUCACUCUUUAUGAUUUGAAACCAACUCAUGCUAGCAGAUCUACAAUUUAACCUUGAUUAGCCGAUCUUCAUAUUUUCUGUUAGCAUAUCCAAGUAAAUAAAGAAUCAGAUCUUAUCCUUUUUUCUCUUUUGUGCCCCUUAUUAUACAUGAGUUAGUGGUAUUUGUUGUUGUGAUCCGUGUUAUACGCUAGUUACUAAAGGUGAAUAUGUUUGUCUAGAUCUAACUUAAUUGAAUUCCCCACAAGAAAAUCUAUUCCCACUCAUUUGUGAAAAGAGCAAGAUUUAGAGAAAAUCGUAAUUAAGUAGUAGUGAUCUCAAGUUUAUCAAACCUGUAAAAUAUAAGUAUUAAUGUUUUCAAUCAUAUAGUAAAUGAUAGAGAAGUUUCGACUAUCUAUCAAUAAAAAUCACAAGAUAAGAAACCAGUUAAUCGCAAACUAAUAUGUUACUUUAGGUUGUUUUAAGACCCUUUUAAUAGAUAGGACUUAAUAAGAAACAAGUGACCAACAAAAGAAAAACUAAAUAGAAUACAGCUACCCCAAACUCAAGACAUAACCUUAUUCUUUCAUUCUAAAAUCACAAGCAAUGGCUGUGACUUUCAGCUAUCUUAAACAUUUUGAUCUAGAUCUUAGCAACACUAGCGAUUUUUUGAAUAUACAGACUCGGCCAGCAAAUUAAGGAAUUAAUUCCUAGCUAAUUAGCACUCAGAACCUGAAACCCAUAAAAACAAAAUUCCAUUUUUGAUGUUUUCCUAUUUAUCAUACAAAGUCGUGAGGUGGGAAGCAUCACCUAGAUUUGGCUCUUUUCCAAACCUAUAAAAAGGAGAAAUAGAGGUCAGAAUCCUUCAGCAGGAAAAAUCAAACAAACCCCUAAAGCGAAGAAACUUAGCUUUAGUGGGCUAUCUUCUUUGUUGCCGGUGAAGACCCACUUCUUCGUCUUGCCAAAAUCAAAACCCCAACACAUAAGGAAAACCAAAAGAAAUAAUCAAAGUCAUGCUCAUAAAAUCGACAAAAAAAAAAAAAAAGUGAGGGCUGGGUUACCAUCCAUCGCAUGCCGUCGCCAGCCGACGCUCGAUCGGUGGAUCGGAAAAUAAAAUAAAAAUAGAAUAUUAGUAGAAUUCAAAUAAAGAACAAAACCCAGAGCCAAAAACAAAAACCCUGCAUGCAAGCCAUAUCUCACCUAGAUUGACUCGCCCGAGAGUAUAAUUUUGGGAUCGUUUUAGGGCUUUCGAUCGCUUUCUUGGCUGGCAGGAGGAAUAAGAGGCGACGAUGGCUAAGGUGAGGAGAUAUUUGUGUCGUUUAUGUUUUUCUAGGUGAGAAGAGGAGAACGAGAAAGAAAGAAGCAGAGGAAGAAUAGAGAGACAGAGAGAGUAGAGCGAGAGGAGGAAUCGAGAGAGUUGGGCGACGUUUAGCUUCAGGUUAGAUUAGGGGUUUUCUUAAAAAAAAAUUAUAUACCCCGUGUUGUGCAAGUACAAAAAUGCCCCUAGCAUCGUCCCAAAACGAAAAACACCAAAAUUAGUUGUUCCCGAAUUUCAAAUUCGUGUGGUAAGGCAUGUACGAGAUCUGUAAGCAGCGGUCGAACCAGUUGGGCUGCUUGCUCAUCACAUUAAUUAGUCCGUUUUGUUUUAUUAUUUAAUAUUCUUAAUACCAAAUUUGAAUGCGGAUUUGGUUAAUCAUAUUUCUUUUCUAAUAUAUCAAAUUUCUUUUAAUAACUGGAAUCCUUAUGUUCUCUUUUCAUAACUUCAUAAUAAUCAAAUUUUAUUAACAAAAAUCUUUAUGACCAGAACCACGAUCAGUGGAAUGUGGUAAAAGUUACAUUUAAAAUUAUCAAAGUUUCAACGAACUAUGUGGACUUUGAUCCCGUGUUACGGGUACGUAGGCAACCGAUAUGGUUCGAGUCCAACUAACCAAUUAACUUUAUCUUAAAAUUGUACGUCAGUGGACGUAUAAUUAAAUUCAACUAGUACGAUAAAAUUAUUUAAUGGUCCAGUGUGACCCUUAAAAUACAAAAUCAUUACUAAAAACACACCCAACACAUUUAAACUUAUCAAGCAUAAGUAGUACCGAUUUCGAGCGUUGUGGGGAUAUUACUUAACUUUCGAUCCACUCCAAGUAAGAUCGAUGGCGACUCCAAAAAGCGAACCCCGACCCGACCCCGAGGAGGCGGUUGUGACAAACGGUACAAAAUUUGGCCCACCAGAGUAGAGAUGUAGAAUGGAAAUAGGUGAGGAAGGGGGACGUUGGGAUCAUCUGCAUGGUGGAAGACGGGAGAGGAAAUUAGUUUCUUUUUUAUUUUGGGUUUAUAUUCAAAAUUUCCUCCCACAAAGAAUUAAGGUUAAUCUAGUCAUUCUAGGUAGGUUUAACAGAAACAUAUUGGAAAAUAUACCUGAAGGCAUGUUUGAGAAAAUAAUUAUAGUAUAGGGGCAAACAUGAUGUGAAAAAUAGUAAGAGAGAAAGUUUGAGAAAAUACAAUAGUAAAGGGUAGUUUAUACUAUUAAACCUACAAAAUACUAUUAACCCUUUAAUUUAAUGAGAAUUUUUUUCCAUAAUCCUCAAAUAGGCUCAACAAUUAAAGGGCUCGUUUUAGGCAAUAGAGUAGUUGAAGGGCUCCUUGAGGAAGAAUGCAAAAGUUUAAGGGAUAACAGCGGGAUAAUUUUUGGAAUUGACAAUUUGCUACCCAGAGAAGUAAAUAAAGGUUCUUUUGACAAAUGCUCGAGGUCUCAGUUUGUUAGGGUUCUCUCUUAACAUUUUUGCGAAAGGUGUUGCAGAGCAGAGUGCAGGAAUCGAAGUCCUUUGAAUUCAAGGAAGCGACGAGAGGAGAGAAAUAAUGGCGCCCAAGAUCUCGCUAAAGCCCAACGACAGCAGGAAAAUGGGUGCCAAUGGCGCAAUAGAGAAAUCGACUGUUGAGUGCUUGAAAAGUGGAGCAUUUGGAUCUUGGAGAAGUCUGAAGUCAUCGCUCCUACGGCUUCAUUCCCCUGAUCAUCGUUAUUGGCAUGAACUUCGAGCCGAAGCCCCCACGUCUACCAGCUACUCAGCCCUAUAUGAUUCAGAUCCCCCUUCAAUCCAUACAUUUAGCUGGUUCACUUCCCUAUCUGUCGAAUAUACACGGCGUGCUUAAGUUAGAAUUGGGCAGAGAUAGUAGUAUGUGAUACCAGUUAUACUAUUAUGCAAUCAUGAUGCUAAUUCUUAAGUUUGUUUGAAUUUGAUUCAGAUACUUGUGGGGGAAUGUUCUAUUUCUACUCUCUGUAACUCAUCUUGCAAUCCACAGAGCUCAAAACCCAAAACCCAUUUGCUUAUAUUUGAACUCUCUUGUAUUAGUUCACUGUCAACAAUUUGAGGGUAAAUGCUUCUUUGUGGAAUUAUUAUGACAAUGUAUUGUGAUUUAGAUGACAAACCAGUCUACUCGGUUGCUACAUUUGAGCUUGCCUUGGAUCUCAAAGGGAUAGGCAUGUCGUAUUUCAUUUAGGUAUGGAGGUAGAGGCAUGUCCGCUUUUCUGUGCUGGCAUCAGUAGGAUUAUGAAGGAAUGGUGGUUAAGCCAAACUCAGUCGAGUAGGUAGACUUAUAAGUGUGGUAGCAUGAAAGGUCUUUCUGAUUGAACUUGUUUUAUUCAAGCAGGGGUGAGAAGGUGAAUCUGGUAGGCGGUAGCCAAGUAGGAUAUCAAAAUUAAGGAUAAUAUGCACG